AUGGCAAGCGGCAUUGGCCUUGCGCUCUCAAAAGAUCUGCUCUCGAAAGGCUGGAGAGUGUGCAUGUGUGAUAUCAAGCAAUCACCCGCUGCCUCUGGACUGGGUGAAAACGCCAUCUUUGUUGCCGCCGACGUGACCGAUUACGACUCCCUUGCCGCUGCGUUUGUUGCCGCGUGGACCAAGUGGAACGCAAUCCACUUUGUCGCCGCCAACGCAGGGAUCGCCGACAAUGUCCAAAUCGCUGCACCCUAUGCUUCAGCCACGCCUGACAGCCCACCGCCAAAGCCCGACCUCAAGACCAUCGAUGUCGACCUAACGGGCGUUCUCUACACGAUCUACCUUUCUCUUCAUUACUUCCGGCAAAACCCCUGCCCCGGGGGCAAGAUCGUGGCUACCUCCAGCUCCGGAGGCCUCUAUCCGCUCCCAUACCUACCGCUAUACACCACGGCGAAGCAUGCUAUUGUCGGGCUCGUCCGCGCUCUCGCGCCAGGCCUCCAAGCCGAAAACAUCACGAUCAACUGCCUCUGCCCAGGACUUGUCGCCACAGGUCUAUCCGACCCGCUAAUAGGCGUAGUCGCAGACGAAUACCUCACCCCGGUGUCCACUCUACUCGAUGCAGUUUCUCGAUUCCUCACCGGAGACGAGACAGGGCGUACUGCAGAACUGAGUGUUCGCAACCUCUAUAUGCGAGAGCCUCCCGAAUUCCCGGAUAAAUGGCAGAAAUGGGCCGUGGAAAACCUGGGAACCUUGCGCGAGCAGACGGAGCCAAAGGAAUCCACAUGA